AUGCUGCUCCCGGUGCUGCUCGCAGCGCUCUGUCUCGCCGACCGUCCGGUGCCCUCGCGCGCCUGCCAGCUGCCCUCGGAGUGGCGACCCCUGAGCGAGGGCUGCCGCGCAGAGCUGGCCGAAACCAUCGUGUAUGCCAAGGUGCUGGCGCUGCACCCUGAGGUGCCUGGCCUCUACAACUACCUGCCCUGGCAGUACCAAGCUGGAGAGGGAGGGCUCUUCUAUUCGGCCGAGGUGGAGAUGCUGUGUGACCAGGCGUGGGGCAGUAUGCUGGAGGUGCCCGCCGGCUCCCGGCUCAAUCUUACAGGUCUGGGCUACUUCUCCUGUCACUCCCACACGGUGGUCCAGGACUACUCCUAUUUCUUCUUUGUCAGGAUGGAUGAAAAUUACAAUCUCUUGCCUCAUGGAGUCAAUUUCCAAGAUGCCAUCUUUCCAGACACACAAGAAAACAGAAGGAUGUUUUCCAGCCUCUUCCAGUUUGCUAACUGUUCCCAAGGGCAGCAGCUGAUGACCUCGAGUGACUGGGAGAUCCAGGAAGACAACAGGCUCAUGUGCUCCUCGGUGCAGAAGGCCCUGUUUGAGGAAGAGGACCACGUCAAGAAGCUGCAGCAGAAGGUGGCCACCCUGGAGAAACGCAACAGGCAGCUCCGUGAGCGGGUGAAGAAAGUCAAGAGGUCUCUGAGGCAGGCGCGGAAGAACAGCCGCCACCUGGAGCUGGUCAACCAAAAACUCAACGAGAAGUUGGCAGGCGCAGGUGCUCAGCAGCACAUCAACGCCCUGGGCCGGGAGCCCGCGCGCGCCCCCUACCUGCACGGGUAG